AUGCACUACACGGUGCCUGCCAUGGAGGUUGAGAUCUCGGAAGUGCGAAAGACAUUCGAGACCAAUUUGUUCGCCGUCAUCACCAUGUGCCAGACAUUCCUGCCGUUGCUUAUCAAAGCCCAGGGCACCAUUGUCCAGAUUGGAUCUGUGGCUGGGAUUAUUCCAUACGUGUUUGGUUCAGUGUACAAUGCCUCCAAGGCUGCACUACACUCAUUCAGUGACACCCUCCGAGUCGAGCUGGCUCCGUUCGGGGUGCAUGUGACUACGAUUGUGACUGGAGGUGUGCAGUCUCGCAUUGCGCGCACCCAGCGCACAUUGCUGCCAAAUUCCUUGUAUGCUCCGAUUGAGAGUGAGUACACGCGCCGCGUCACUCACAGCCAGCACAACGCAAUGCCUCACGAUGCCUAUGCUCGCAGCGUAGUAGCUCAAGUCCUGUACGGCCCGGCACCGUGGCGCUGGUUGUGGCCGUGGGCCAAGGGUCGCAAGGCAUGGAUAUGGGAAGGACACCGCAGCUGGCUGAUUUGGUUCCUGGUGGGAGGCUGGGCCUGGAACGGACUGUUUCAACGGGCGAUGACGAAGAUGUUCAAGCUGUGGGAGAUCAAGCGAUCCAACUAG